ACCUCUGUUAUUUCAAACUCAACUGCUUCACCUCCAAAAAUUAAUGUCUACAGAAAGGCAGUUUACAAUCUUGGGAGCACUGUGGACCUGCAGUGCAGUAAUACGACGUGGAUUAAGACAGUGUUUGUUAUCUGGGACAUUGAACUGAAACACAAAAAGUCCAGUGAUGUUGGGGUUUACAAGUGUGAAUCAGUCUACACAGGAGGAAUUGACAAUUAUAUCACUGAAGUGGAUGUCACAGCUCCUCCUGAUGUAUCUGCCUGGUUAGAACGUCGGAGCAACAAGAUGGUGGCGGUGUGCAGAGCAGAAAGAGGGAAGCCUGCUUCUACCAUCAGCUGGAGUCUUGCAGGAAAUGACUCUGUGACACAGCAGCAGGACCCAGAUGGAUCAGUAACAGUGGAGAGUCAGCUGGAGAUCCCUGAACACAUGGAUCCAGAAAACCUGACCUGUAUUAUGCGGCACCAGUUCUGGGACCAGGAGAAGACUUUGGUACCAAAACUCAGAGAAGCUUAUUCUUCAAAGCUGUGGAUACGUAUCGUUUUGGUCCUCAUCAUAAUGAUUUCAGUAACAUUCGUUUUUGCUUUAAAAAAUGGAUAUGUCAAAAGUGAGAUGUCACAAACCAAUUCAUCACCGGGAAACAUGUCACAGGAGCCAGUUUUGUGUUUUUGCUUAUUACCCUGUGUGUACCAGUAGGUGUCACUUUAUUUUACUGUUGGUAAGAGUUCUAGCAGUAA